ACGAACGAAGCGAUAAUAUAGGAGGAUUAUGGAGAUACAGGGAAGAAGAUGGAGAAGGUUUAGCAUCGGUAGCCAAAUCGACUAUCAUCAACACCAGCAAGGAGCUAACAGCUUAUAGCCAUUAUCCUCCCCCGAAAUAAUUCCCUAAUUAUAUGCACAACACUAUGAUGUUUAGAUAUCUGAAGUUGUAUGCCGAAAAUUUUGAGUUGAUUCCACAUAUGAAGUUUAAUCAUCGAGUGGAUAAACUAGAGCCUGCGAGUGACUACGAUUCAACAGGGAGAUGGAAACUAACGGCUGUCAACCUAUGCACUUAUGACAUGAUAGAGGACAUCGUGGAUGCAGUUAUGAUAUGUAGUGGUCAUCACCUGUUUCCCUACAUGCCUAAAUUUCCCGGUCAAGAGAAAUUUCGAGGAACAAUCUCUCAUACUCAUAGUUAUAAAAGUUCUAAAGGUUACGAAGAUAAGAGAGUAGUAGUUGUAGGUGUUGGAAAUUCCGGAGGAGAUGCUGCUGUGGAAACAAGCUCUGUAGCAAGAAAAGUAAAUCUCAGUACAAGAACAGGGUGUUGGGUGAUACACAGAGUCGGAGAUAACGGAUUUCCAAUUGAUGACGCUAACAUCACUAGGUUCUUCAAUAUCUUGUUCAAUUUUGUACCUCUUACUGUAUCGAGUUGGUUUAUGGAGAGAAUUGUAAAUCAAAGAUUCGAUCACGAAACCUAUCAGUUGAAACCUAGGCAUAGAUUUUUACAGCAGCACCCCAUGGUUAAUGAUUCUCUACCUAAUAAAAUAAUAAGCGGUACCGUGGAAAUAAAGGGUAAUAUUCAACGUUUCGAAGAAAAUGGGGUUGUUUUUGAAGGUGAAUCCGAGGUGACUGAAGUCGACAAUGUUAUAUUCGCAACUGGGUACGAUAUCAAAUUCCCAUUCCUAGAUAAAGAGAUAAUUGAUACUACCGAUAAUCACUUGGAACUAUAUAAAUUCAUGUAUCCUCCAAAACUGAAGCACCCAACUUUAGUAGCUAUUGGUCUGAUACAAUCUCCUGGUGGAUUCUUUCCUAUAUUCGAGAUGCAAAGUAGAUGGUUCGUACAGGUACUUAAGAAGAAGGUAUCGCUUCCGACGGUGGACGAGAUGAUAAAGGACAUCCACAAGAACUUGGAAACGAUAAGAAAACGUUACUAUAAUUCUAAACGUCAUACAAUUCAAGUGGAUUACAUUAAUUAUCUAGACGAGAUCGCGUGUUUAAUAGGAGCAAAACCGAAUUUUUUGAAGUUUCUUCUCUUUGAUACCAUUUUGUUUUGGGUUUUGUUGAUGGGUCCGAGUUUGCCUUAUCAGUAUAGAUUGCAAGGUCCUUAUUUUUGGGAUAAAGCUAGGGAAACCAUUUUGGGAUACAAAGAACGAAUUGUUUCUCCGUUUUAUACAAGAUUUAGAGGAACACAGAAGUCCGUCUUUAUGUCUUCACAUUUGUAGCACAUAUUAAAAAUCGAUUUCGUAAUAAGUAUAAAGUAAAAACGUUCGCUGAAGGAUUGAGCAUAUUAUUUGAUAGUAAAGCAUGAAAAAUCCGCAUACAAUAAGGAUGUCUCACGAAUCCAAUAAAUUUA